AUGCAUCAAGGGAACAAGAAGGGGGGGAAGCAACCGUCCGUCGCGAAGCUAGAUUUUCCGGAUAGCGAAUCAGAGGACCGCAUUAGCAUAGAUGAGGAAAAUGUGUGGGACUCGGACAUAAGCAUUGCAGACGAUGACCUUAUAUUAGGCGAUGAUGAAAAAGGAGAAGCGGAAGCGAAACCAUCCGGUGGAACCAGUUCAGGGGAUGUGCUUAUGGAGGACACUUCCAGGGUGGAACACAGUGAAGACGUAAAUGAUCGACACAUCGUGGGGGACCCCCCGGAAGGGGAUAAUCAAAGGGGAGAGAGGAAACAGGGGGGAGUCUUAAAUUGUAUCGAAGAAAUGCCUAACAAGGAAAAGAAUCAGCAGAAGCAGACCCAUAAUACGGAUGAGCAAGUGAACGACGAAGGCUCUCCAAAUGUGGACCUGCAUGGUGAUGAACAAUUUAUGGGCAAUUCGCCCAAGGGGACAAUUGAGGAGGAACCCUUUUCUCCCCUCUCACAUGGAUCAGAAUAUAUCGAGGAGGUAUGUCCCCCAGAUCGAACCAACCAGGAAUGUGUGAAUUAUGCUGCACAAACGGGUAUGGUCAAAAUGGAUAUAUUUUUGGAAAAAAAGGGUGAAAAUCGCCUGAAGAGUGCAGGUCAUGAAAAUAUAGGAGGAAAUCUCCAAAAGGGAAGCUACAGAUCGGAUUUUUUGCCUGAUCAGACUACUCCACUGAAUGUUUCGAUGGAGCAAAGUGUGGGAUCCUCUCAACUGUGUGAAGAACAACCCCAUAUUGCCACACUAGAGGGUGGACACAAGCACACAGAAGUGGACUCCAUCACGCAGCUGCAGCAACAGUGUGAGAAUUUAAAAAAAAAAUUAGAGGAAUAUGAGAGGAGGAACGAAGAACAAACAAGUGCGCAAAGUGAACUGAUGGAAAAACUGAAGACGUACGAGAACAAUUGCAACGAAAUGUAUAAGGAAAACAUGGAAGGCAAAGAAAAUUAUGAGCAAGUUAAAACGUAUUGUAAUCAAAUUAGCAUCAAAUGCGAUGAGUAUGAAAAGAAGUUGCAGGAGGUGCAGGGUCAGAUGGAAAAAAGUAAAAAUAUGAUUAAGCAGAAAGAAGAAGAAAUGAAAGAAACUGUGAUCAAAGCGGAAGAGGAGCUGGAGAGGAAAGAUCAGACCAUACAGGAAAUGCAAAACAUAAUUGAAAAGUACAAAAGGGAGAUAAACGAAUCGGAAAAUAACCUCAGACAGAAGGAGGAAGAAAAAUGGAAUGACCAACUAAUGUAUAAAAAAGCAGUAGACAAUUUGGAACAAAAAAUUACCCACUUGGAGAAUCAACUAAUUAACAAGGAGGAGGAAAAUUAUCAGUUGAAAAAUAGAAACAAAGAACUGAACGAUGAAUAUACCUACUUAAAAAUGAAGGAAGAAAAAAAUGAAGAAAAUAUUUCCACCUUAAAGUCAAACUUGCAAAUAAACGAGAAGGAAAGUUUUGUGAAAUAUGAAAUGAUCCAAGAACAGAAUAAUAAAAUUGAGCAGCUACUCAUGGAAAAUAAAAAAAACUUGAAAGACAUAGAAUUGCUGAGGAGUGAAAAGAACAAAGUGGAAAAUGAAAAUGAACUUUUGAAAAAAGAUCUGGUGUACGUACAGGAGAAAUUAAAAAGUAUCGAAAAAUACAGCUACGAUAUUUACGAAAUGAAAAACUAUGUGGAGACUGUUAUCGAGAAAAACAGAAAUUUAAUGGAACAGUUGGAGUCGGAGAAAAACCAGAAGGAAGAACUGAAAGGGAAAAUAAAAGUUUUUCUUACCGAAAUGAAUAAUUCUGCAAUAUGUCUCAAAUCGUAUAAAAUGAAAUGUUCCUUCUUUGUUGACGUUCUGAGGAAGUGUGAAGCAAAGAUGGGUCUUCUUCGGAAGAAGCUCAAGGGUUAUGAGUCUGUGGAGAGUUUCCAUGCCAGGUGGAUGGCGCAUCCCGCGUUGGGUGUACCCCUGGGGGGGGUAGGAAGUGAUAGUCCAGACAACCUUGGUGAACAGCAUAAAAAUUGCAUCAGACAAACCAUCCUCCUGAGGGAAGAACUCCAAAUGGAGAUAAGCAAGGCAGAAGAAGUCACGGAAAAAAUGCUGAAACUACAAAACAUGGUGAAGGACAAAAAUUUACUCAUAAAUGAAAAAAACUACAAACUCAACAAAUAUAAGCUCCUAAACCAGAAUCUACAAAAUGCCAUCGUGGGGUACCAAAGUAGCAUGAAGGCAAUGAAGGAAAACAUACAUAACUUAGAAAAACAAAUCGCACUGAAGGAAGUGAAAAGUAUAAUAGUACCACCAAAGGUCACUGUGCACGUGUCGAAACUGGCCUCCUUUGAAAAUAAUUUAAAAAAUGAACUCAAGGGGCUUAUUGGAAAUUCCUCCACCUUUUUAGAAAGUACCUUUAAGUAUAUAAAUGAAAACCCCAUUAAAAAGAACCUCCAGAAUAAAGCCUUCUUUUCCUCCACAACGGAGAAGAAAAGUGACGACGGGGAUAACAGAGGGGGUAGCACAGUUAAGGAGGCCCCAGCAAAUAGUGUGUCCAACGCGGAGGGAGCAGUACCCAAUUUGGCUAAUACCAGUAUUGGAACCGCCAGCCCAGGCGAUGGCAGCCUCGCGGAUGUCACUGGGUUUGCCAAAAAUUUUAUUUACACGAAUAUGAAUCGAAUCCCCAGUUUCAUGUCCGACCAGAACGAUAAAAACAGUUCCGCGCAGUUGGGCGUGGCGACGAGAUUCGACAUACCCCACCCGAGCGAAGAUACGAUCGUUUGGGAGAAUGAUGGAGCAACGAUGGAGGGAAAGCAUGAGGAGGAAAACCAGGUGGAAGCCAGCCCCAUAGAGGAUAAGCACGUAGAGCCGAACCAGGUGGAGCGCCUCAAGCCAGACGGAGACAACAAAUACAUCGACCUGUUCAUGGGGAAAAAGAACCUGAACAAGGUCAGCAGCACAAGUGACAUUCUAAACGUGCAACACGUUUCGCAGUUUUAUGCAAACACGGAAAAUAAAAUUAAAGACUUAUUCGACAUGAAUAAAAAGAAGGAGUCUCCGAAAAUAAAAGAAAAGGAGGAAUCUCAGAAAAGCUUCCAUUCCAGUGAAAAUGCCUUUUUCCCCAUGCACAUCUUCGGUGGCAGCAAAAUGAAGGAAGUAUUUCCAACUCGUCCAGGGGAUGCAAAAAAUGACGGUAAAUUAAGUUGUUCCCCCGCAUCUGGGGAAAACUCAAAUAAGUACGACCUUGCUGGGUGCAAAAAGAAGUCCCUAAAUAGUUUGUAUUAUGAUAACAACCCAGCAGCAGAGGGGAAUACAAAAGAUGAAACAAAAGAAAUGGACAAACGUCAGGAGAAGUUGCUGCCCAGUUCGUCUGACGAAGACGCACAAAUAAACAACGACGUGUGGGAUGAGAAAAUCGAUUUGGAUAACUUGGAAGUGGACGAGUUGUAA